CCUCUGGACGGAGGGAGGGGAAGUGGCCAGAAGGGGAAGUGUGAAGAGUUCCCCUCAGCCUGUCAUCAGUCUCCUUGGGCCUUUGGAGUGGCGGCCCUUUGGCCUGGCCGCAGCAAUGGAGCCUCUGGAGACCCCUGUCAAGGAUGGCAUCCUCUACCAGCAGCACAUCAAGUUCGGCAAGAAGUGCUGGCGGAAGGUGUGGGCAUUGCUAUAUGCGGGAAGCCCAUCAGGAGUGGCCCGGUUGGAGAGCUGGGAGGUCCGAGAUGGUGGCCUGGGGUCUUCAGGGGACAGGUCCGCACGCCGCGGGGAACGGCGGGUCAUCCGUUUAGCGGACUGUGUGUCUGUGCUGCCCGCUGAUGGCGAGAGCUGCCCCCGAGACACUGGGGCCUUCCUCCUCACCACCACUGAGCGGAGCCACCUGCUGGCUGCCCAGCACCGCCAGGCCUGGAUGGGCCCCAUCUGCCAACUGGCCUUCCCGGGUACAGAAUGCUCCUCAGCAACAGGGGAGACAGAGUCUCCCACCAGGGGACUUGUCCCCAUGGAAGAAAACUCCAUCUACUCUUCUUGGCAGGAAGUGGCCGAGUUCCCAGUGGUGGUGCAAAAGACAGAAGCGGCAGCCCGCUGCCAGCUGAAGGGGCCUUACCUGCUGGCACUGGGCCAGGACACCGUGGUGCUGCACGAGCCCUCAGGCCAGCACGCCCUCUACUCGUGGCCCUACCGCUUCCUGCGCAAGUUUGGCUCUGACAAGGUGAGGCGUCUGCCCUGA